UAUAAUUCCAGCUAUAAUCGAUAUGACGAUACAUUGAUGUUCGAUACAUUUACUGUCAAAAGCAUGUCAUUUUUUCUUCUUCCAAUACCAAAUACCCAAGAGACCGUAGGUACAAAAAAAGAAAAUCAACCCGGAACAUGAAGUGUAUGGUUGUUGGUAAUCUCUCAGGGUGUGACUUUUGCCGGCUUGGUCGAUUACACCUGACAUAUUUUCGUUUUUUAAUUGAUAUCCUUUUCUCUUUAUCAGGUGAAAACUCCUCUCUCGAUGUUUAUCUCUCAGCUAAAUAGUCAAAGUCUGAAAGCGAAAGCAGACGGAGCUGGCGCUAGGAGGUGGCGACGACUUAAGAAACCGACGAGCUUUAAAGAAGUUGUCAAAAGUACAUAAACCUCAUCGUUAAUUACUCAACUUGUUUCAUAUUCAAUUCACUUUUCCCUAAUGACUCCUACGCCCAUAUUACGUCAAGAAGGUUAACUUUUUAAAUUUGGUAAUGAUUGGAGCUGCUUCUUGACCAAUCGUUUCUACAUUAAAAUGAGUGGAUACAGCAUUGCUUGCUUGUCGAAGAAUUUCACAAAUAUUAGCAUUAUCAUUAAGAAACUAGAGUAUCUGCUGUUUGAUUUGUAGUUUUUGCACUUUCAGUUAACUCAGAGUGUGGCUGGACUGUGAGCCGCAGCCUAGUCACAUGUUUAUCCAUGAUGCCACACCUAGUAUGGACACCAGGAUGUAGUCACCCAUACACUUUUCACAUUUCGUAUUUUACAUAACGCACGGUUUGACAACUUGUUCUUACACGGAGCACAAAUCGAGAUAAGAUGGGAGUCGAGAUAAUGAGGAGCAGUAGAGCACAGAAGCGAUCGUCUCUGAGCUUGCCGAUAACGCGACUGAAGUUUGAAUUGACGCAUCAAAAAUCUCUAUUCUAUAUCUUGGUCAGGAGUUACUUUCUUCGUCGUGCACAUCAUGAUCUAGUUGUUCUGCGAGAAAUUUUUAAGAGGGAACAUAGGUUCACGUAUAUCAUACAUGUAUGACAUACUGCUUGAAUUCGCACCUUGUCUGGUAAUCCAUUGAUAUCAUGCAAAUAAUAUGGUAAAAAACAUUCCUCUCCAUUCUAUUUUUUCAGUCGUAUCUCUGCUUAAGCAAGUGGGUGAGCCGCUGAAACCCAAAACAGAACUCCUUAACAGCAUUGUUCUUCUUCUUACUGAGACACCGACUGCGUGGCUUCUGGACCUCAAAAGCUCUGGCAUUGUUGUUGAUGAGAAUAUCGAGGCGGCUGCAUCGAUGAAUACUGCCAAUUUAGACCAGAUUGGCAGCCGUAAAGAAAAAGGAACACAUUGUAGCGACUCCUCUGUGCAAAUUAUCAGAAUGAAUGAAAAGCAGAAGAUGACUCAGACGCAACAGGUGUCAGAGGAGGACAAACUUGUAUUUGCGACUGAAUGGGACCUGUAUGACACCUACCGAAAAUUGACUUCCGAUGCUGAUACUGAGACGCGGUUGAAAGGAACGUCAGGUAGCCACAACGAUGCAGAAAUAUUUCAGGCAUCUGAAUGUAAACGUGCUGUUGCUAUCAUGCAGCGGCUACUGGCCUCCAAUAAUUUUCAUGAGGAACAGGCUCUGUUUAUGGGCCUUCAAAAACAAAAAAGUGAGCUCCUAAGUAAUUUUCUUUGUUUCUCUCACUUGUCGCAGACAAAGUACCACAGCUUUACUGCAUUUUCUCAACCGAACAGAUCAGUUAUAAUAUAAUCUCAUAACCCAAAAGAAUCUAUUUUAUCACGAAGAUUCUGUCAUAUGAUUUUCUACAAUUAGCACUGUCAGAUUUGUUCUUUUUUAAGGGUUCCGGGGUUUUGUUAAGAAAAAAUAGGUUCAAGUCUCGUCGACGAAGCAUUUGGAAAUAUUGAACACCAAUGUGAUCCGAGCCGUGAUCUCUUAGCCCAAUUAUGUAGGAAGGUACACGGUUUCCGGCUACCAACGUGAUUUUGGUAAAUUCACAAUUGUCUAACAUUUUGAAUCUAUAAUAAGACAUGUUUCUAAGUUUAAGUGAUGUUUUUCUUAAAGAAAGUAUAAAUUUACUUAACAAAAAUAGAAUUCAUCAUAACCA